AUGCGUUCCCAAUCUCCUUCGUCUCAUCCCAACGGUGACCAAUCCAACCGGGCAACAUCAUCGUCUGCCAAGCGAAGCGCACUUGGUGACGGUCAGCGCCCAUGGAAGAGGCGCUCAUCCAAAGCCUGCCUAUCAUGCCGAAAUCGCAAGGUUCGCUGCGACGUCACCGAUGGAGGUGUUCCAUGCACGAAUUGCCGCCUCGAUAGCAUCAAUUGUGUUCUCAAAGAGUCCAAUCGGGGUCGGAAACCUUCUGCUGCCUCUUGUCAGCGUCGCCGAAACUCCAAUCUACCGGCUGCUACGGACCGCUCCUCUAGCUCGCCUCGACCGACGUUUGUCACCUCGCGUUUAGCUGCCGCUAUUCCUGAGUCUCUUGAGCCAGAAGAGUUUUCCGAGCCCGACGAACAGGAUGAUCCUGAGCCUGAACCAGUCAAUGAGCCAGUGAACGAAGAUCUCCAAUCUCAUUCGCAACAAAUCAACUCCACCCAAAGUGCUGAGUUCGACCCGCAACAACAAUUACAAACUGAUGGAGAGCUCAUGGAUGAAAUCCACGUUCAGAUACAAGACGACCAACCGUUAAACAGCCGACCACUGGCGCCUAUGGAACCCGUCAGUCUCGACGCUCCCUUCGAAUAUAUAGACGAAAUUGGAACCCCCAACGGACCUCUUCCGCAGACCCAGCCGGACAGAGUCACGACAUCUUUACCAGCCUUUAUCCGGCCCCCUCCUCAACACCUAGAUAAUAGAGAUAUGUACUAUUUAUCACAUAAACUGUGUUUGUCCAUUCCAGAUCCAGAAUUUAGGGAUGAACUACUACGUGUUUAUGCCACGGUGGUUCAUUCGUUCUUACCCAUUCUCGAUAUCGAAGAAUAUGCUGGCUCCAUCCUUCACAACAACGGCCGUAACCCAAUCAGCCUUCUGCUAUUUCAAGCAGUUAAUUUUGUCAGCGUCACUUUCGUGGAUAUCAAGAUGCUGAACUCAAGAGGCUAUGCCUCUAGGAUAGCCGCCAGAAGAGACUUUUACGACCGUGUGAGGAUUCUCUACAGUCUGAACUAUGAAUCGGAUCGGAUGACCUUGAUUCAAUCUCUUCUGCUUUUGAGCCAUUGGUAUGACGGACCGGACGACGACAAGGAUACAUGGCAUUGGAUGGGUAUCGUCUUGACAAAUGCCCAGGUCGGGGGACUGCAUCGAGAUCCUGAGCAUCUCAAGAUAUCGCAGGAGGAGAAGAAGCUUCGUCGAAGAUUAUGGUGGUGCUGUUUGAUGAGGGAUCGCUUACUGGCCCUCGGAAUACGGAACCCGCCGCGUCUAAGAGACGAUGAAUAUAAUGUCAGACCGCUCACCUUGGAUGACUUUGACUUGAGCUCGCCGUCGACAAACCUGGAUACCAUCUUCCACAGGUCAAAGGCCCCAUACCCAAACUCAGAGAAACGACAAAGUCUUGCUGUGAUGUGCAUCGAGCUAAGCAAUCUAUGUGUUUAUAUUGGCCGCACUCUCAGCACCCUGUACACGGUCAUGGGCAAUUACCUCGGAGGAGUUGAGUACACCCAGCAAUCCACUACUGGGCCUGACAGAUCCGCAGAGCAGGCCAAGUCGCUUGCUGAACGCAGUACCGAGCUCAAGACAUGGUUGGAGAAUCAGAACAUCCACUCUCGCUACAUUCCCAAGCCUGCAACUCGGCAACCCGACACUAAUAUAACUGACGGCUUACGAGUCGAUGAGAUACUGCGGCUUCACCAAGCCCAGCUUCGCUUGAUUUACCUAACAGCACUGGGUGCUCUUCACCGGCCCCAAGUCUUCUGCUACGGCCCCAAAAAUAACGACAAUGCUGUAUCCAGAGGAAAUGUGACCGACACAGCUGUCGAGAUGACCAAAUUGGCCUUCAACUUACAGCGUGAUAACCAACUACGCUUCCUACCAACCCUGGCAGUUCCAGCCUACCUUGCUGUCACUCUCGUGCAUCUUUUUAACACCUGUUCCGACGAAGAAGAGGCCCGGAGUCUCAGCCUUGGACGGCUCUACCAGUGCGUAAACGUUCUUCAACAGUUACAGGAAAUGUACACAUCUGCAGACUACGCGAUGCAGUUUCUCAACUCGAUACUAAAGAACACUGGGCUUCACGUCCCUUGGACUCUACCGACCGGUGGGAGUAGGUUUGGAGAGCGUGACAUCACAACUUGUAAGCCUCGGCUAGACAUGGGACCCAGCGCCGUCGCUGCAAGUUGCAUGUAUCCAAGUCCGAGUACCUCGGGUAACUGGAACCAAGACUCUGCGGCAGAUGAGCCUGUCACAAGUCAUGAUAGUAACCAGGUGGUUGCUAUGGCCCAGGAGCCGCGAGCACCAUUCGCUUUUCCAAAUUUGGUGAUGGAAAACUGGAACGCUACAGACCUGAGCGACCUUUUGGCCGGGUCGCCGUUUCCAGGGUCUUGGUGUGACGUUGAGACACUAUUACCGACACUGCUCAACACUGAAGGAGAUACAGAGGGCUUAAUGAGUGCGCACUUGUCGGCUUGA